UUUAAUUAAUGGUCAAAGAAAUAUUGUUGACAGUGGGUUACUCUUUCUUCGGUGCAAGGAAAUUUCGAUAGAUGCAUGCAGGCUGAUGAAGAAACCCCUGGCUCUAUUUUGAUUACCUUAAGCUAAAUACACACCGGCAGCCACCGUAGUUGUGAAAUAUAAUAUAUUUCUGUUAAAUUUUUGUGUGUGAUUUCUUCUCUUCUUUUACCAUGGAGGUGUCAUCAUCACCUUCCUGGCUUAAGCAGCCCAUCGAUGAUUCAGACGAAAAUGCUUGCAGGGGACCGCGCGAAGACCUCAUGAUGUUCUCCGAGGUGAGCAGACCUGUCACCCUUAGCAUGAAGCUGUUGGGUCUGUGGCAUGACCGGUCACCAACUGAAGUCUGUGAUCAAGUGAAUAACGCUGAGCCGGUACAAACGAGUCCAGCAUCCGGCACAUGGAACAUCAUGAACAGACUUGCCGUCUUCUAUCACAGCUUCAUCACUCUUGUCUUGUGGUUUGAUUUCAUUCGUUUUCUCGUCGUCAUUGCCCCGAUGAUAACUUUGGAGUAUGCGUCCUACCUAUGCUGGUUCUUUCAAACUGCAGCAACCAACACUGUCCUCUUCCUGGCAUGCUACAGAAGCUGUAAGAUGCGGCGAUUCUACCGCUACUGGCAAAACUCUUCCGUCGAAAAGCACCGAUUGGACUGCAACCAAAAGCAAGCUAACACACCAGGGUGCACUUUGCAAAGGAAAAGGUUCCAGAAAGUUGGAAUCUUGGCCGCUCUGGGAGGGUGGUCGUUCGUCCUUGGGUCAUACCCAGUCUCCCUGUAUUUCACAUUUGGUUUCAAAGGUAAAUUAGGCUUCCGUCUAAUGUGUUGGCCUUGGACAAACGACAUAGCAUGUGCAUUCCUGCAAAUCAUCCAUUUUUUCGCCCUCGCGUGCCACAAGUUCCCCAUUGUCUACCUUUGUCUGAUUUGCUAUGUCCUCUCGGAGAGAUUCGACGCACUCACCAAGUCCUUCGAGAAAGAAAAUCCACUAGGAACCUUGGCUAAGGCUGAGGUCUUGGAAGCAACUCGUCGCCAGCAUAACAUCUUAUGCCUUCUGACAUCACAUUGCGAUUACAUUUUUUCCACAGUGGUUGCCAUUGCCUUUGCAACCAAUAUCCCUCUUCUCAUCUUACUCAUGUAUGAUCUUUACCUCAAUAGCAACAGUGCCAACGCGUUUGAAAUUGCUGCAAGUUGUUACUGGGGUAUCUCUAAUUUGCUCAAUAUUUUGCUCCUCUCCAUAUUUUGCUCCUUGCUGAAUGAGAAGGCACAUUCUUUGCGACGACAUGUCUUUGAACUUCAUGUGGACUCUAGUGACAUCAAAACUUCCCACGUUCACCUGUUACUGGUUUCUCGCCUAAGCGGACCGAGCAUUGGACUAUCUUGCAUAGGAUUCUUUACUAUUACCAGAAAUGUCAUUCUAACGAUUGCUGGUUUCGUGUUGACCUACUUCACUCUUCUCGUCGAUCUGGGGCCGGAUACAUCUCAUACGUCAUGCACCAACGUGACAUCAGAUGUGAUUUCAUAAACAUUUUCCAAACAAAAUUAUCACUUAAUUGCUUCUAGAAAUCGAUCAAUUACUAACACUUUGCGGUAAUAUAUCCUAGGCUGGUAUAGCUACAUUAUGAUUAUGCUUGAGCUAUAUAAUUAUAGCUCGUAUGGUAACAGUUUAUUUGGCAGCAUUAAAUCCAAUAUGCUUUCUUUUCCGAAGCAGCAAUAUCUUAGAACGAAAAUCAGAAACAAACAACAAAAAUGAAUUCGGAAUUCAAUGUUAAAAUAAGUAAAUAAAGAAAUUUUAGUUGCGUUAAGUAAAUGAAUUACCUCAAAACAUAUACAAAUACUGAAUUUGUACUGUGUUUAGUUUUGUUACAUAUAUUUUAUUGCCAAUAUUUUCUAUAAACUUUUUAUAAAUGUCUAUACCUGUAUAAUGUUUGAAGUUUGAUUGAAUUGUCAUUAUGUUGUACCAGAUGUUUUAUAAAUUGUCUAUAUUGAUGUAAAUACAAUUAUACACACUCAUAUUAUUAUCGAAACCAUGCAGUCCAUUUCAUUUACGGAUGAAAAGAGUAUUUUGACUAACGCUUCUUUUUACUCCCCCUCCCCAUUCUCUUUUUAAUUUUUUUUUUAUUUAUUUUGGGUUAUUUUUUAAUGUUGGCCAUACGUGUUUUCGCCUAUUGCUGUGAAUUGCUGUGAAUUUAUUCAUUAACAUUUGUGCUCAUAGGGCUCAUAGCUCGCGCAUUUACUACAAAAGAGCAAAACAAUUUGAGAAGCAGAUUUCUUAAAGUUUGAAAAUAAUCGGACAAAACAAUAAGAAAGUUGUGUUGUUUUAAUAGUUGUAAUCACUGUACGUAAGGGGGUUCAAAUUGGCCGACUCGGUAAGUUACUAUGGUGUAGUGGCGGACAACUCUCAUUGUUCCAUAGCAACACAAUUACUAAAAAGUAUGAUUCUGGCCGGAGUGUCUUUUACUUUUAGAGGCUCUAAAACAAUAAGCUUUCCAUACUAUAUUUUGGGUAGUACCCCCAACGGGCAGACGCUUAUGAGAAAUUGGUAUUUAAUGUCAUUUUUGUACAUGACAAACGGGAAAGUUAUCCGUUACUACAUGUAUACGUCAUGCACAAUCCACUGACCAAAUUGACGAUUUUCACACAUUCACAACAUUCUCAUCUUUCAUCCGAUUAACUUCAAGCUUUCGCCAUUCUGUUUCCUUUAAAAAAAAAAUUGCAUUUAUACAAAUAAACUAAUUUAAUUAACCUUAUCAUUAAAUCACCCACAGUUUAAAAAUGAUUUAAUCUCUGAAUGGGGUUCACACAGAUUUGUAGUUGCGAAUAAAAUUGUUGUGAUUGAAAGUCUUAUGAGCUUUUAAAGUCGAUUUUGUUUAUAUAAUUUCAAAGGUGCUUUUAAAAUGAAUAGCAAU